AUGGCUACAGAGUUUGCUUCCGAGUUAAGAGACGCGGCAAAAUCGAACGAUGUGAACAGAAUCAAGAUAGUAUUGCGGAGUGCGCGGGCAAGAAACCAGUUUGACCAGAGUCUUCUGGAAGCUGGAUUGUUCGAAAGCGCCCGGCACGGAUGUGAAGAUGCAGCGCGGCAUCUACUGAGCGAAAGCGCAGGAUUCAUUGCAGCAGGAGCGUCGAUGGUAGACAAGACGCUUCAUCAAGCUGUGCGUUUCGACCAAGUUGCUAUCGCUCGUCUGAUGCUUGAUGCUGGGGCCAACCCCAAUGCGACCAACGAGCGAGGAUGGUCGGCGCUACUCGCCGCCUGUGAUAACCACUGUCUGGAGAUGGUUCAUCUUCUCCUGGGUGCCAACGCCGAUUGCAACCUAAUGCCAUUGGAUGGAGUCGCACCGCUUCCUCGCGCUGUCUAUACAGGCGAUGAAGCGGUGGUUGGUGUACUUGUGAAACAGAAAGGUCUCUCCUUGCGGGAUAAUGCCGGAAACCACCUCUUUCUCCGCGCAGCAUCAUCGGGCCGCAGGGAUAUUGCGGAGCUCCUCACCCCUCACAACUACGCCGAGACACUCCCAUCGGAUGCCAUAAGGGCGUGCGAGGAGUUUCGACCCACUGGUAUUAGUUGGUUUCCAGAGACCGCAAGGUAUGAGCCUGCCAGGCCAUUAACAAUCUAUGACCUGCUCUACAGAGAUAUCAAGGUCCUCCCGUCUACAGAUGAGGAUGAUCCGCUGGGGUUCCGUUGGAUUAAUCUCCCUGCCCACAAUCCCGCAUGGAUCGAAGCUCUACUUAUCAAAUGGUAUAUGGAAACAGACCAGGAGGAUAUAAAGAGCUUGAAGGGCUUGCUGUCGUCGCUGAACAAUUGCCACCAGGGGCAGUACCCCCACUCCAAGUUUCACCAGCCUAGCUGCCAAGUGCACGGAAAGCAUCUAUGGGUCUCUAUGCCAUACUUGAGCUGUGAGACUGUUUCGAACUUUGAAAAAAUGCAGGAAACAAUCCAACGGGUUGUUACGCCAACUGCAUCUGACGCACAGGUGGACAACCUGUCCGGCGCUGACCUGUUGUUCAAAGCAUAUAUGACUCCCAGAGGCCAGGGUUUGCAUAUUCGACGCACCCUGGAUCAGUACUUUUACCCCAACUUUGAUACCAAACUCCGUGAUCGGGAUCAGGUCGUCUACCGAUACCAGAAGCGCACAGGCAUCGGUUCGGACGACCCCAAGCUAUACAUGGUUGAUCAGUUGUGGAUUUUGAUCCUAGAUGGUAAACUGUUCAUAACGACCUUCCCGGGACAGCACCUUGAUCUGGUACGCCCUGAAUUGUACCAUGCUGUUCGCUUCGGUCUUCGUGACGCCCACACUUUUGUCACAGCAGUCACUGACCAAUACUGUGGGAUGUUCGACCGACAUGUACCCUUCAACGACCCGUACAACUUUCUGUCCAUGUUUCAAGCAUCCGUUGGAAUAGCAGCUGGCCGCGAGGCAGAGCUAUCUUCAGAACUGUGGAGUGCGUCGGCAGCGGCCUCCUCGUGGCUGAAAAGCCAUGGACAGGGCAGCCGGGAACAGAACCCCCAAUUUCUUGACAAAUUUCUAGAUCUAGGGCCAGAAACCACACUCCUGGCAGAAGCCAAGGAUAUCCGGGAUGAACUGAAUAUGCUCUCGGCCGUACUGGAAUCUCAGCAACUGGUACUCGCCGAACUAGGCCCGCGCCUACUCGAGGCGUGCGGUCCCCCAUAUGACGCGGAACCGGCGACGGUCUUGCGCAAACUCGAGGAACAGUGCAAACUUGUGGAAGCACACCUCAAAGAUCUGCAGCGACUCGACCGGCAAGCAGCAUAUGUUUACGACUCGGCAUCCAGGCUCCUUGAUCUCAAACAAAAGCAUGCAAACCCCUUCGAGGCCCGCCUGGCCCGCGAACAAGCCGCUGGAGCUGCCCGCACCGGCAAGUCCGUCAUGAUCUUCACCAUUGUGACAAUUAUCUUCCUCCCGAUCUCAUUCAUCACAUCGUUCUUCACGAUCGAGAUCGCCGAAUUCCCUCGCACAGAGGGCUCAAACGCCCUGCAGCUGUCGUUCGUCAUGAAAUACAUCCUUGGAGUUGGGUUUGCCGUGUCUAUCCCCCUGAUCGUCGUCGCAUUUGUGGCGCCGGAUUGGAACCUUGGGCUGAGAGGAUUAUACGAGCGCUUUCAGGACAGGCGCAGGCCAGUGGCGCCACCUGCCGAAUCUGCGCCCAUUAAGGAGCCUGAAGGCUUAUCCGUAUGACAUCGACUAUAGUCCCCACCCAGUUGUUGAAGCCGUCAUACGUUUUUUCCAAUUCGAGCUAUGAUAUUGCGAUGAUGUUAGGAGACAUGGGGUCCUUCUUCAUUCUGUGGUUCUAAUAUUCUUUCCUUAUACUUUCCUAAAUUGUCGGACUUAUCCAAGGCGAGGUGAACGCAGUUUGAUCUUUUGGUUAAGAGACAUGGAGUAAUGGGACCAUUGACUAUUUCCUAUGCCCAUGUGCUAGAAAGCUUUAUCUUGGUCGUCUAUUAUGACUCAUGUAAAUUGCGCUCCCUUACUUAUCACAGACUAAGUUUGAGCCCUGCUCCUUCCAGUAAGCCCACCCGACCGUAAAGCUAUCGCUUGCUAUCCCCGCUGCAGGUACUGUUGUUAUUCAGGG